AUGGAAGAAGCAGAUGCAUUCAUCAUAAAACAAUGUAAAAAACUUGAAUGCUCCUUUGCCGAUGACAUCAAUGUUGAAGUAGAUGAAUUGACGAAUGAUCAGAUAUUUGAAUUGCUCAUAAGAAUUGGCGAUCCACGUGAAAACAUUGCCAAGAUUAUUGACGAUUCGUGGGAAGCCAUAUAUCCGAGAGCAUUGACAGGAAAGCCUGCCCCACCACCAAAACCACCAACCACAUUAGCCGCUAUGGAAAAAUCCUGUGUUCUAGAUGAGAAAAAGAUCAGACUGAAUGAUUUGAAAGCUCAAUUAUCGGAGAAGAAACGUUUUUAUGAAGAGAAGCAUCUAGAUCUGGUUCAAAUGCUUGAUAAAACUGAAGAGUUGAAAAUUAAUCUUUCUGAAUUUGAUCCAUUAUUUAUCGAAGCUUUGCAAGAUCCCAAAAAGUAUGAAGUCGAAAUUCUAGAGCAAAUUGAUAAGUUGAAUGAUAAAAUGGAAAAUGAUCUUCAAGCAGCUCAUGCACUGAAAUGCGAAAAACUAGCCGAACUAGAAAAGUUGAUGAAAGUAUUGGAUAAUACAGCAUACGGAGAUAAUUUAAGACUGCAGCGUCUCAAUGAACAGAGAACAAGGCUUUUUGAAGAAACUGAAAAGGAUUUGGCCAUGUGUGAAAAACUGAAACUGAAAAUUUGCGAUGGAGCUGAAAAUAAUUUGGCUCUUUUUCAAAAACGGUGCAGAGAUGUUGAGGAUAUUGUGCGAAAGCAGGAACAUGAAUUGGCAAAGAUCGAAUCAGAAUCUCGUCACGAAUACGACAAACAGAUAUUACGAAUGAACGAAGACAUCAAAGCCAUUGAAGAAGAUACAAUUGCAACAAUUGCCAAAAUUCGCAAAGUGGAGCCGGAUUUCAAAUAUGAGAAUUAUUGA